ACUCUGUGGCAAUGAGCUAGUUUGGUUGAAUGAUUGCUAUUAUUUGUCAAAUAAUACGUAAAAAAAUUUACGUAAAAUAAUAUGUGAAACUAGGCGGUGACUAGUGAAUUGCUGAAAUACCAAGUUCUUAGCGGUGUGAGCAAUUAAAACAUUGUCAUAAAGAUUUAAUAGUCGUAGCAAAUGUGUUUGUUUUAAAUCAAAACAUGUUAUCCCGGUUUCAUCAUUAUCAUGGUUCCAAUAUUAUACUCUUUGAGGAUAAUACAGUGGCAUUCCGCAAAACCAGUUUUGCCCAUGGUUUGACAUUCAGCGAAAAGCCCCUGAUGCCUGGGGAAAUUUUCUUAGUCGAAAUUGAAAAAACUGAACGUGGUUGGAGCGGUCAUAUGCGACUUGGCCUUACGCUUCUCGAUCCCCAAACUGCUGCUCUCGGUGACAAGGGUCUUCCACAAUAUGCCCUUCCCGAUCUCGCUAACACGGGUAUGUCAUGGAUUUUUCCAAUAUCAAAAUCCCAAAACAAUGUAAUAAGUACAUUUGAACUUGUCAAUCAAGGCACUAGUAGUCGUCGUGAUAGCGAAACGCGAACCUCAGUACUCGGAGAGGGUCACAAUGUUCGAACUCCUCGUGGUUGUGUCUCAAAAAUGCUCCUUAGACCACAGGGCUUGUCUUCAAAAAGUACAUGCCAGGGCAUUUUACCAAUGGACGCUGGAAGUCGCAUCGGAGUAAUGUUUGUUCCAUGUCCUAAAACUCGUAAGGAUGACCCUGAUGUAGCUGAGAUGCAUUUUAUAAUUAAUGGUGAAGAACAAGGCCCCUGUGCCAAAGCCAUACCUUAUACAAGUGGUCCACUUCAUGCUGUAGUCGAUGUUUAUGGUACUACUAAACAAGUUAAAAUUAUACAACUUUAUGGAGUGAAAUCUCUUCAAUAUGUGUGUAGAGAUGCAAUCCUGCAAUAUGUAAAAAAUGAAACGGAUUCAGUGAAAUUACUACCAUUGCCUCAAUGUUUGAAAGAAUUUUUACUUGCAUAGGAUUUAAAAAUUUCAAACACUAUAUUGUGAUGACAAUAAGGCUGUUGUAAAUUAUAAUAUUCCAUUUGGACAAAUAUUUUGGUGACUAUGAAGAUGUUAAAUGAAGUAAUUUAAGUAUCUAACUAAAUGUAGUAAUCGAUUACUUUUUAUUAUUUUUUAACUAAUUUUUUGUUUAUAUCAACAUUGAUAAUAUUCCAUAUUGUUAAUGAGUCAUGAGCAAAUAUACUAAUAUUAUGUAAAUAAUUAGAUUAUACAUUUCUUUUUAAUAACUUGAAUAGAACAUAAAUUAUAUUA